UUCCGGCGUGGGACCGGGCAGAGCGAUGACUCGGAUGUGUGGGACGACACGGCCCUCAUCAAGGCGUACGACAAGGCGGUGGCCUCCUUCAAGAUUGCUUUAAAGAACGAAGAGUCUUCUGAGCUUUCGGACAGACAGGAGCAGCCCCUCGGGAUGAGGAGAAAGAAGAAUAGAAGGAACAGAAAUAGAAAAAGGAGCAACAUAGUGCCUUCGAGACAGGUCACUUUUCCCGUAAGUGCUAGUGGUACUCGUACUUGGAAAGUUGGUGACAGCUGUCAUGCUGUUUGGUCAGAGGAUGGUAAUCUGUACCUAGCAACUAUUGCUGCCAUCAAUCAGAAGAGUGGCACAUGUGUUGUUACUUACACAGGAUAUGGAAAUCAAGAGGAGCAAAACCUGUCUGAUCUACUUCCUCCAGCCAGUGAUGAAACAGUAAAUGGGAUGGGGAGUUUUGGGGAGAAUGAAGAUGAGACUCUGUAUUCAACCGAUGAAAGUGAAAAAUCUUUCCAGGCAUAUCAAAACUACACAAGAGCAAGUGUCUACUCUCAAUACCUACAUUUUCCUGCAGCGCCAUUAGCUGGAGGCCUGGGAAGGCCUGGAUCAAGACUCAGGGCAUCUCCAUUCUUUUUAUCUUGCUGCCCCCCACCCUUCCCAGCAAGACCACCGUUGAUUCCUCCUCCACCACCUAUGAGGCCAGAUUAUCCUGAGGAUGAUGAAGCACUGGGGAGCAUGUUGAUAGCCUGGUACAUGAGUGGUUAUCACACUGGGUAUUAUCUGGGUUUAAAACAAAGUCGAAUGGAAGCAGCACUGGAGAGAGAAAUGUAUGCCAAAUAAAUGAAUAUACAUCAUCGUUUUGACGGAUUGUACAAAUCUUUCCCCCUGAGAGUUGUGUAUCAUAAAGUGAUGGUAGAUGGUGAAGAUGAGAAUUUUCUCAAGACAGUUAAUUUUUUUUUUUCUUUAUGUUGAGUUGCCCCUGAUAAGUAAACAAAUAACUUGGCACUACUAAUUAUAUGUGCAUUGAAACAGGCUAUUUCUUUAAAACCUCUCAUCACAUGUAUUUAGAAAGCACUGCAGCAAUAAAGUAUUUUUC